AUGAAACUAAUACCAGCGUUUGUCACGAACAGUUCACCAGUGGUCUGGCUUAACAAUUUCACAAGGAAGGCAAUUGCCAAUAUGCUUGCCACAGGGACGGUUCCAGAACACGUUGCGCUUAUCAUGGAUGGUAACCGGCGGUACGCCAAAACAAAUGGUUUACCAACUCAAGGCGGACAUGAAGCAGGAAGCGCCACGCUAUUGGAGAUCGUUGAUGUGUCGUUACAGUUGGGGAUCAGACAUCUCUCAAUAUACGCGUUCUCCAUCGAAAACUUCAACAGAAGCAAGGAAGAAGUUGAUCUGUUGUUCAGUUUACUCGUGGAGCGGUUGGACACAUUCUUAGAGCACAGAGAAAGAGUUGAUAAGGCACCGGCGGUAAGAAUUAGAAUUAUUGGGAACAAGUCUUUGAUUCCACCUCAAACAUUGUACAGGUUGGAAAACAUCGAAAAGAUCACGCAGAAUAACACGCAAUUGGUAUUGAACGUUUGCUUUGCUUAUACAUCAAGAGAUGAAAUAUCGCAUUCAGUGGGGGUAUUGGUUGAUAAAUUCGUGAACCAUGAGACCACACGGGUUGAUAUCGAUGAAAUCGCCAUUUAUAACAACUUUUAUUUUGGCCCUGAAACACCACCCGUGAAUUUGUUAAUAAGAACCAGUGGACAUACAAGGCUAAGUGACUUUCUCAUGUGGCAAGUUUGUGAGGACUCACAUAUAGAGUUCUUGAAUGUUUAUUGGCCAAGCUUCACAUCGUACCAUUUCUAUGCCAUCUUGGUCAAGUAUGGCUACUUCGAAAGCGCACAGCUAGCUGUUGACAAGUUGAAUUCAUAUACAAGUUCCAUGAUCAGUUACGUUGAAGAUGAACCAAGGAAACAGACUGAGCUUCACAGAUUACCGCCACACCCACCGUUUGUUUCAGUCUUGGGGAAACGGUAA